AUGGCAAUAUUUCCUCCGGAUCCAAAAUAUAUUUUUCGUGGUAACAUGGAUUGUGUAAAUUGUAUUCUUUUUCAAAUAACUUCCAACAUAGAACAUCUUUAUGCAGGUACUGCUAAAGGCAAUAUCCAUGUUUGGGAUUUAAAUACAAAUAGAGAAUUAUAUCAAAUUACAUCAAAUCAGGAUUCUUGUUUAAAUUUACAAAAUUUAAACAAUGAUAAUUUAUUUGUACAACAUAAAUGUGGUUUAUUAAAAAUAUAUAAAAAAACAGAAGCUCAGUGGAUCAUGCAUAAAUCAAUGAAUAUAGAUUUUUAUCAUUAUUGCAGGUUUCAAAUAUUUUCUGAUAAUGAAAUAUUUAUACCACUUAAAGAAUCCACUGUUGGAAUUUUAUCUUCAAUUACUUUUAAUAUAGAAUUGAAAUUAAAUACUUCAAAUUUUCAAAAUCUGGGAGAAGUAAUGGCUAUUAAACCACUGAAAAAUGAAAAAUUAGUUUUAAUUGCUUAUGAAGUAGGAAAAUUAAUCCUAUGGGAUGUUCGACAAAAUAAAAUAUUAAGUUCUUUAACUGUAGAAACAUGUCCAAUGGCUUUAGAUUUUGAUACUACUUUAAUGAAAGGAGUUAUUGCUGGUCCUUCUGACAAUUUACAGAUAUUUACAUUAUCAGUUAAUCAUUUAUUAAAUAAUAAAAAUAAGAUAACUAUAACAAAUCCUGGUACUUCUAUAAUAAGAAUUAGACCUGAUGCUAAAAUUAUGGCUGUUGGUGGAUGGGAUAGUCGAGUUAGAAUAUUUUCUUGGAAAAGUUUAAAACCAUUAGCUGUUUUAAAUCAACAUAAAGAUACUGUACAAGAUAUUAAUUAUUCUAUACAAGGAAUAAAAGUAUAUGAUAACAAAUGCAUAAUGGCUACAGCUGCAAAAGAUGGAUAUAUUGCAUUAUGGGAUAUUUAUAAUUAAACUUUAUUAAUGAAAAACUAUUGAAUAAAUUAAAUAAUGAUUUGUUUAAGUAAUUAAAAAUUAUCUAUUAAUCUAUAUAAAAUAUUAUAUCUAUAUAAAAGUUUAAUCAAAUUAUAUGAAAUAAUUUCAUACAAUAUAUAUAAAAUUAUAUAAUAUUUUGUUUCAUUAUAUUUCAAUUCAUGUAAAUAUUAAUUUUUUAUUAAUAAAUUAUGUAUUUAAUAUCACAUAUAAAA